AUGCUGAUGAUAAAGCAUUUUUCAAUAAUCUCAAAGCGAAAUUUUGCAAUAUUAAUGGACAAAUUCGUUGUAAGAAAGCGCUCUAAAGCUAGCACUGAAUCAAAACAGUCAGACGAAGCUCCAAUAGAAGAAGAAGAAAAAAAAUCUCCUAAAAAAGUCCCUCCUACGAUCCAGCCAAACCAGGAAGAAGUUAAAGAAGGAUUUCCAUCUUAUGAUGAGUUCGAGUCUCAAAUGCAUCCAUCUUGGAUAAAUGUCUUAAGACCUUGGCUCGAUACAGGUAAGUUGCGGAAACUUCACACAUGGCUUACAACUGAAUAUGCCACGACUGCUUGCCGCCCACCUCCACAUGAGAUUUUUACCGCAUUUCGGCUCACUCCAUUCGACAGCAUAAAAGUUGUGGUUGUUGGCCAAGACCCUUAUCCAGCUCCAAAUGAUGCUAUGGGCCUUAGUUUUUCAGUUCACCGUGGAAUAAAGGUUCCUGGCAGUUUAAGAAACAUUUAUAAGUGCUUGCAAACAGACUCUUCAUUGAACUUUAAACCUCCAAAACAUGGUGACUUAACCAGAUGGGCUGAGCAAGGUGUUUUUAUGCUAAACGCAGUUUUAACAGUUAGACAAGGAGCUCCUAAUUCUCAUGCCAAAAAAGGAUGGGAAGAGUUCACUGAUGAGGUGAUCAAAGCAAUCAAUAAAGAAAGAUCAGGAGUAGUCUUCAUGCUUUGGGGCGCUUUUGCCCAAGCCAAAGCUCAAGGCGUCAAUCGAAGUAAGCACUUUAUUUUGGAAGCCUGCCACCCAUCUCCACUUUCAGCUUCUAAAGGUGGCUUCUUUACUUGCAGACAUUUUUCAAGGGCAAAUGAAUAUCUAAGAUCAAAUGGAGCCAGUGAAAUCGACUGGAAUUUGGAGUAA